GGACCUAAAGUCUUACAUUACGAGUCUACCCUACCACACACCACCCUCCCACCUUGUACAAAUCAGCGGGCAAAAUUGAUUAAUCAUUUUCAGCUGUGGUCAACAUGGCAUGGGCCAAUUGCACCUUAUCUUAAUUCUGAAUGAUAUAUAUCCAUAGCCAUACCAAUAUGGUCUAGUAGUAAGUCAGAAGCUGGGCGGAUAUAUCCUUCUUGUUCCUCCUGCGCCUCUCUUGAAGAAUUGCUCUCUAUCUCUAUCUAGGUAUCUAGGUAUCAAGGAAGUCUAUAUAGAUUUACCUGCUCAAUCUUUAUUUCAUCAUCGAAUCCAACAUGGCUAAAACAAUAUUCACAACGAUUACACCACUCCCUCCCAAUGUAUCCCGCCAAACGGUCCUCGAAACCCUACACGAUCAUCUCGAAAUGAUCGAUCUCAAUCCAUCGCACGCAGAACGCACGCCCACCAAGCCUCCCUCCUCUGCCACCCCGGAAGAAUAUCACUGUCAAUGGUAUCGCAUCGUCGACAGAGUAGCCUAUCUACCAGGCAAUCUCUACACCGGCACUGUAUCCUUCAACGCCUGUUUCCACGAUUUGGCAAAUGGAUUGCAAACACAUUGCUAUGCGCCCAUGGGCUUAGACAUCAAGGAAAAAUGGACGAUCGGAGGAAACAUGCCGGGAGAGCCAGCCAUUCCAAGAGAAAUCGGCAUUAAUGCGCCCGUGGAGGGACUUUAUAUCCGAGAAGAUGUCGAGAUGAAAUGCAACAUUCUGAUGACGAGAUUCGUGCGGAAAACCUUACAGGAAUGUUUGAAAGCGCUGGUGGCUCGAUUAGUAGUAAAAGCGCAAUUGCAAGAGGCGUCCGAGAGAAACAGGAGGUUAACCGUGGGAAGCGUAAGUGGAUAUGAGAGGGAAAGCGGUACGAUGACGCCGCCCUUGAGUCCACCAUUGAGAAGUCCCGGAAUGGCUUCUGUGGGUAGUGUUGGUAGGAGAGGAAGUGCAUAUAGUGGUUUAAGUGCCCCCACGAGUCCGCCGUUAAGCCCUUACAACCCGGAGAAAUGGGCCGAGGCAGGCACGCAGGGACAUCCAGCUUUGAAUCCGUAUACACCGCUUCAAUUGCAGCAGCAGCAAAAGCAACAGCAAUUAUACCAGAUGCAUCAUGAUAGAAAGAGUCACGGGGGAAAAGAUCAGAGAUGGUCGGGUAUUAGUGAUAAGACACAGACCUCCUUACCCGGUCCUCCGAACUAUGCGAAUAAACCGGUCAACUACACGAACAAGCCUACCAGAAUCUCCGAAAUGGAAGCGCCGCCCGGCCCUGUUGAAUUGCCGUAGGUGAAGAGGGAGUAGGGGAUUUGAAGAGUUAGAUCUCGAGGACAAUUGUCAGUAAUGGAUAGGAACAGUCGUUUGAUAUGGUUAAUUAAAGACGGAGGAUUAUCAUCGGUAAUGGGUGGUGCAUGGGAUUCGGGAGACGGGAUUUGAUACCACUUACCAAUACUGAAGCAUCUGCUUCGAAGGCAUACCCAGUUGUAUGGUCUUAACACAGUUAAGACAGACACAUGCAUCGGACUGUCGUUUCAGGAAGCUAUGAAGACAGAAGAAUCACCAUAAUGGGAAUGGGAAAAAAGGGACCGACGGAUUAAAAAAUGACCGUUCGUUUAGGGCGUUGACGUAGCGACAUGUGAUAGCACGUCUUUUGACUGUAUAUUAAUGACGAUUUAUGAUGUUGGGAGGAAAGAAUUUGGGUAAUUUCGAAAUCUUUGGAGUGUUGGUCAGUUUAGCUUUUCGAAUUUUCGCACUUAUUUCGGCGUAAAUAUCAUCCUGACUCA